AUGACCGAUCCCACAGACAUCGACUAUGGCGACGGCCGCGUCAGGCGCAUCCCCCACGGCUCCCGCGAGCCGAAACCAGCCAGACGUAGCGUCGGGAAGCCGGCCGCCCGGCGGCCAAUCAUGGACUCGCCGCCGCUGCUGAGCGAAGAAUCAGAUGUCUCGCCCAUGACGCCCGUCCCAGAAGCCACGCGCAAGGAACCGAGCAUCAGCAGCGACGGCGAUAGCACCAGCGCCUCCUCCAACGGCGCCGAAAUCACCAACGCCAUCGACGGCAACCGCGAUGCCAAUGGCGAUAAGAAGUCUGUCGGACCUGACGAUGCCAGCGGCAACGGCGCCGCCGCCGGCGACUACUUCUUUUCGCCCGUGGCGCCGGCACCCAAGCAACAGCCCAAGGUGGAACGACCCGUGGACAGCGGCGUCAGCAUGUCUGCCGGCCUCGCCGGACGGCCGCCCCUUCCCGCCGCCGACGAGCCGGAGCGGCAGGCAGCGGUCGCCACGACAGAGUCAACGCAGCCACGCAAGCUCAGCAUCGCUUUUCAGGAUAAGCCGAGGCGGCGAGACUCGGCCGCGUCGGCAAGCAACGCGGGCUCCAACGCCUCGUCCAAUGGUGGCUCCAACGAGUCCUCACAAGGCUCAUCCGACGAAGGCUCGGACCGAGGCGGGAUGAGGAAACAGUCGGUGUCGUCCAUCAGCCUCCGAAGCCUAUCCAAUCGGUCUGUGGCGUCGGCCGAGCCCCGCAAGUCGAGUGUCUCGUUUCAGGAUGUGCUGCCCAAGCCCGACUAUUCGACAGCAAAUGACAUCGUCGACGCGUGGAGCAGGAAGCGAUCUAUUUCGUCCAUGAGCUUCCGGAACCAGCGAAACCCGUCGCCCACGGACGGAGAGCUGACGCCGGCGAGUGAGUCGCGCUCUCGACCGCCGUCGCCGCCUCACCAGAGACACGACACCACCCUUGAGGUGCCAGAGGGUGCCUUGUUAUACGCAACUGGCCCCUCGGCGGCGUGAUGUGCACACCAGUUCGGCACCCCAGUUCCGGGACGGGCCCUCCCUUUGACGCCCAUCAUGCCCCAGAACGGAUGUUUGGUCCUCGCUGCGGCCCCCGCGUCGGCGGCUCUCGGGUGGAGCGGCACGCCCAGCUGUGCCCGGCGUUGGGGCCCAUGCCCCCCCGUGCGGCGGCUAAGCACGCCCGCCCUGAGCCAGUCUGCCGGCAGUGGCCUGGCGAGAUGCGGCGGCGAGUUUAGAGUUAUUCUGCCGGCCACGACAGGGGGGUUGCUUGCCAGAUGCCAGGAUGGCCCGUCGAUGGCGUGAAGCGCGCGCAUAGUGGAUGGUGCGGUGGCCGUGGGCGGCGUGGGCCGGUCGGUGGGCUCGGCGGCGGGCGGGCGGCGGUGGCGGCGACGGUGAGUCCCAUUGUCCCAGGCCACCGAAGGACGCUUGCAUUGCCACGCAUGUGGUCUCUGCUCUGUCGAGCCCCGUGGGGCGCGGCUCGCCGGGUCACUGCCUGCUGCUACUGCUGCUGCUGCUGCUGGCUGUCUUUGCUUGCUUGGCCCCUCGCUCGCUGGCAGCCGGUGCGGGGACCAGUGGUUGGAAUGCUGCUGCCGCCGCCCCGGCUUGCCCUUCCGAGACCGAAUGCAUCUCUUUCAUUCAACCUGAUGCGGCCCCACUGGCCAAAGGCACCGUUGGCGGGCAGCAGCGAUGCCGGCUAUGGAAGCCUAUCCGGAUCAGUCAGGCUGCGCCUAACUGGAGAGUACCUAUUGCCUGAAGGUGGGCGUCUCCAGGGCUCCGGGCUGCCCGCCAAUGGCCCCGGCCCUGCCUGCUAGAACCGCGCAACUCGACGGGCUUUAGCUUGCUGCCCCGCUAGUUACCUGCCCACCCGUGUCGGGACACUGCCUCCAUCCAGCUCGACUCCACCAGUUGUGGUUCGGCCCAGCCCAGUGGCUCGGGCUGCUGGCGACAUCGCCGCGCGGGGGGUUCGAGCGCUGUGCUGCCGCCGUCUCGCUGCCCCGGGGCGGCCGAUGGAUGAUGCGUCGCCGGGCGCAGUGCGGGUGAGGUGGGCAAUCGCCGCAGUCGCCGCCAGCCCGCCCACUAGUUAGUUCGUUCCCGG